UGAUAUGUCUUAGUCAUUGCUUAGGUCUAAUCACGAAUUUUUUUAUGUUACAUGUGAUUAGUUCCUCUCUUGGUCAUCAAGAACUCAAAAUUCAAAAUAAAUAAACAUUAUACCAUAACAGAACAGAACCAUCAAAGGUGUAAAAAAUAAAAUAAAAUGAAAAUUAGCAUUAUAGAAAACUUUCAUUAUUACUUAAAUAUAUACUCCAUUCGUUUCAAAAUAUAAGCAAAAAUUGACCAACAAAGUUAAUAUAUUUGAUCUAAAUUUUGAAUCAAGUUUCUUUGACACAUUUUUGUUUAUAUUUUGGGACGGAGGGAGUAUUUCAUUGUUAAUUAUUUAAUACAAAAGUAAGUACUAGUAGUAGUGCUAGUUGGUAAUCCCUCACUCUCUCUUAACUAAAGAACAAAACCAUAUAAAUAAGUAGCCAUGUAGUGAGGUAUGCAAAGCAUAUUCACCAACCACUUUCUAUUUUCAAACUUCCAAUUCCACUCUCUUCUUUCUUCAUGGUAUAUUCACUUACUCCCACUACUGCAUGAUUUCCAUUGUCCUCUAUAUUCUACACACAAAAAAUAUCUUCAUCAUAUACCUAUCAUAUCACCAUAUAUAACUUUGUAAGUUAUUUCACAUCAUACUCUAAACAAUUGAUAAAGAGAAACAUGGGAGGAGGAAAAGCAUGUGGUGUAUUUUCAAGGCUAACAAAGUCAUGGACACAAAUGGAGAAAUCUGUAAACGAUGCCGUUACCAACAGCUUUAUAGGAACAUACUUCAAGUUACAAGCAAGAAAAACAUGUUUCACUAGAGAACUCCGAGCGGCAACCGCUACUUUUCUCACCAUGGCUUACAUCAUAACUGUCAACGCCACCAUCCUUACCGCCUCUGGCGGAACCUGCUCCGUUGCAGACUGUUCUCCUCCGGCGACACAAGAUUGCACCCUCAAGCCUAAUAAUGCUGGCUAUGAAGCUUGCCUAUCCAAAACAAAAAAUGACUUGGUGGUAGCAACUUCUGUAACUGCCAUGGUUGCUUCUGUUGCUAUGGGCUUUUUAGCAAACCUUCCUUUAGGCCUUGCUCCAGGUAUGGGGCCUAAUGCUUAUUUAGCUUUUAACCUUGUUGGCUAUCAUGGAAGUGGCUCAAUUUCAUAUCAAACUUCAAUGGCUAUUGUUUUAGUUGAAGGUUGUGCUUUUCUUUUAGCUUCUGCUUUUGGUUUAAGAGGUAAACUUGCUAAGCUUAUACCAAAAUCUAUUAGGCUUGCUUGUGCUGCUGGCAUCGGGCUGUUUAUUGCUUUUGUGGGCCUUCAAGUUAACCAAGGCAUUGGGCUUAUUGGGCCUGACGCUGCAAAUUUGGUUACAAUGACGGCCUGUAAAAGCAUUGACCCGGAAACUGGGGAUUGUUUGGGUGGGAAACUGCAAAGUCCUAAAUUCUGGCUUGGUGUUAUUGGUUUUCUUAUCACAAGUUAUGGUUUAAUGAAGAAUGUUAAAGGUAGCAUGAUAUAUGGUAUUCUGUUUGUGACUUUUGUGUCUUGGUUUAGACACACUGAAGUUACUUAUUUUCCUGAUACAUUAAGUGGUGAUGAGAAUUUUAGUUAUUUCAAGAAAAUAGUCGAUUUUCAUAAGAUUGAAUCAACUGCUUGGGUUUUUAGUUUUACUGAUUUUAAUAAAAGGGAAGUUUGGGAAGCUUUGGCUACUUUGUUUUAUGUUGAUGUAAUAGCUAUGACAGGUAUAAUGUAUACUAUGGCCGAGAUUGGUGAGUUUGUCGACGAAAAUGGAAAUUUUGAAGGUGAAUAUAUGGCUUAUAUUGUUGAUGCAGCUGGAACUAUUGUAGGGUCAGCAUUAGGUGUUACAACAACUGCAACAUUUGUUGAAUCAUCAGCUGGAAUGAGAGAAGGUGGUAGGACAGGAUUAACUGCUGUGAUUAUCGGUUUGUUUUUCUUUUUGUCAUUGUUUUUCACUCCUCUUUUGUCAAGUGUUCCUCCAUGGGCUAUAGGUCCUUCACUGGUAAUGGUUGGUGUAAUGAUGAUGAAAGUUGUGAAGGAUAUUGACUGGACAAAUAUAAAGGAAGCUGUUCCGGCUUUUGCUAUAAUGCUUCUUAUGCCUCUAACUUAUUCCAUAGCAAAUGGAAUUGUUGCUGGCAUUGGUCUUUAUGUUGCUCUUAGUCUUUUUGACUAUGCUGCAAGUAUCAUAAUUUGGUUGGGGAAAAUGAGAAGAAUUUUGAUCAAGGAGCAUAAUCAAGUGUCUGCCACUGCAACAAUGGAAAUUGUUUGAAAUGUCGUGGUUGGUUUGGUUGUCAAUUUUGGAUGACUUUUAGGGUAUCCUUGGUUGUCAAGUUAUAUGACCUAUGCAGUCGCAAGAUAAAUUGCAUUCAAAGUAUUAGUAGCAGUAGCCUAGUGAGGGUGGUUUAUGAAGCAGACAUUUUUCAAAUUAGGCGUGUUUCGGUGUCGGUGUCCACGAUACCGAUACUUAUGAUUACACUGAAUUAUGUCAUUUUUUCAACUUAUUAUCAGUGUCGACGUGUCAGUGUCCAUGUCGUGUCCGGUGUCUGUAUCUUGUGUCCGUGCUUCAUAGGUGGUUUUGUAUAUUUAUUUAAGUUGAAGUGAAAAUUGUUAUUCUGUG